CCUCGUUCCCAAGGAGAGGUUUCAGGUGACCUUCAGCAGGUUUUGCAUUGUGUAAACAUCAUUUGCAAGAGUUAUCAUGAGCGAAGCGACGUGUAAAUUCACUCCUCAAAGGAAAGAAAAUCCCGAAUCUUCGCUUCAAAAGUGUAUUUCAGUUCUCAGAGCGGCGAAAAACGACACGGAACGGUUCGCCGCGCUACUUUUGGUCACUCAACUAGUUCAUUCGAACGAGAUAGAUAGCCUGGGGCGAAGGCAGGUCUUUGAUGCGAUCGGUUUCAAGUUCAUAAAUAGAUUACUGAACACCAGAAAUGUACCGAGCGAUUGUCCUGCUCAAGUCUACAACUCGUUGGCGUUAACGAUUCUUGCCUGUUUUUCCUCUGACGAAGAACUCUGUGUACACCCUGAGAUGGUAAAGAAGAUACCGUUGUUUCUGGACGGCAUUUCCAACUCGGCUGAAACUAGUGUGAGCGAAGCUAGCGUCGAAGACUGUUUUCAAAUUAUCGCUUCGUUCGCUUGUAGUUCAACGGGGUGCAGACAUUUAGUGGAAAAUGGGGUAUUUUCAACGCUUUCUCGAGUCGUCAGCGAAAAUAAAGACGAGAAAUAUGCCGAAAAAGCUCUGGAAACAUUCCUUCCAAUUCUAAACAAUGACCCACGCGUGUUUUGGCAGGAACAAAGAGAGGUCCUCAUGGAAGCUUUGAAUGGUUUAAGCCAAAGAUUGAGCGAAGCACAGGACAACACAAAAUUCGAACUGUGCGAUUAUCUGGUCCUUUUUCUAUCUGGGGCAGAGAAAUCUGUUUUUCAAGGAGGCGAGAACAGAUGGCUGGCUGGCGUUUACAAAGGUUUGAACGAGAUUCUUCAAUCAAGAAUUUCGUCCGAACAAAGAAAUCCUGCCAUUAUUUUGUUAUCGGCUGUCAUUGAGCUUGUCGGAAUGGACUGGAUGAUUGAGUUUUCACGACAGCAGUCUCCAGGAUUGUACAUUUUAAGCCUGACAGUUGUUAGCGUUGAGAUAAGGAUGAUUUUGGACGGAAAAACUGCGGCAGAGAUUGUAAACAAAGCAACUCUACUGUGCAGCUGUUUCAAUAUCCUCGAAAAAGCAAUUAACUUUGCCAUUGUCAGUACGGGACAGUCACCAAACAACAGAAAAUUACCAGCCAUUGUUCUGGACGGUCUCCCAAAGGUUUACUCCUUAGCAACGGAGUCAGUCCACUCUAUUGUUAUGUUUAUGGACCAUGUGGCACAGGUGGGAAAAACAAUAACUGGUCAAGAACGCCAUGUGGUGCUUGCUUCAGUUCGAGUCCUUUGUGCUUGGAUGGCAGAAGAAACUGCUGCUCUUCGAGAUGAUAUCUGCAGGCUGUUGCCAUUUCUGUUGAAGCUAGGAAAGGAAUCACUAGAGGCUUCCAAAGAACAUCUUUUGGAUGGAGGUGACAAAACGGAAAUUUCACAAUCAACUUGCACAGCUGUCAAUGUAACUACCCCAAAUGAUGUGAUGGGAGAAAGAUUACGACAUGAAUUCGACAUCAUAAGGUUUCUUCUACCACCCCUAUGCCAUCUCUCAGCCGAUGAGAAAACACGCAAAAUUCUCAUUCAAAACAGAGGGCUGUUACUUCUUUCAGAGUACUUUUUUCAUCAGUGGAAGAUAUGGCGUCAGCAUAUGAAUGAUGACAUGGGUUUAGAUGAGGUAGAGAUGUGCCUUGUUACAUUGCUUGGCAUUUUUUUGAACAUUGUCGUAACAGAGCCAGAACUUGUUACAAGUGAUCACACAUUCAAGGAGAUUGGCCAGCACGCUAUAACCUCUGCUUCUCAGUUACUUUCCUCAGAAGGGAAUGUCGUCAUUCUAUUGAACUUUGUCGUACUUGGUCUAAUGCUGAUCCGAAACCACACAGAGUGCGGCAGUGUAGCUUUAGAUUGUGUAGAGCUACCUGUUUUUUUGAAGGACUCCAUCUAUGUCUUGAAAGAGGCAAAGUGCUUCAACUGCAAUGGAGACCUGCCACCCAGUUGCAAGAAAACUCCACUGGCUCUCAGAUGUAAGGAAGCAUGGGCAGAUAUUUCAGAGCUAUGGCUUCUUGGGUUACAGGUUUUUUCAGCGUUAGCAAGUUCCUUACCUCUUGCUAGAGAGCUCUUCAAAGAAAGUGGCUGGACUGAGACAAUUUCAGGCUUUUUAAACAGUACUGGUCAGGCAGAGGAACUUUCUGCUGAUGAAAAGGACGUAUUGGAGGAUGUGCUCAGAAAGACACCUGCGAGUAAACAAACGAGUUGCUGGACAAAGAAGCUGAACCGAAGACAUGCAGUGCAGUAAUGGUGCUCGCAGAA